AUGGUGGAAGAUGCGAGUUGUAGUGCAAGAUACCCAGCCGAGAGGCUAGUGGAAGCGACCAGGUGUGCUUCAGAAAUCCCCAUCUUCCACAUCCUCAAUGCCCGCAUCACCUUUGGCAACCUGAACGGCUGCGACGAGCCGGUGGUCUCCCUCCGCACUACGGGCAGCCCCGGCAGCGAUGCCCCCUCGCCCGGGAGUGACCGGUCCAGCAUUAGCAGCUCAAGCUCCCUCGGCUCCUGCCGCUGCUUUGAGAUGGACCCCUCUCUCUUCGAAGCCCCCCAGGGCUACAGCAUCGUCGGGAGGCACCCAGAGCCAUUGCGAGAGGACGAAGACGACCUUCUGCAGUUUGCCAUUCAGCAGAGCUUGUUGGAGGCGGGCAGCGAAUACGACCAGGUAGGGGAGAACCGACCUGGAGGGGCCCAGAAACGGGGCACCCCUGGGAAGGUCAAAG